UCCACCGGCGCCAUCUUGGCUGUUGUAUUUGUUGUUAGGAGACCUGCCCCUCUGAAGUAUCUGCGCAGGGUCGCACAGGCGUGUUGUUGUUUUCAAAACGGCCGAGGUGAUGACUGGCGGGAGCGAGUUUCACAAGAACUACAGUAACAGCAAGGACUCUGAUCCCAGAAUGGACGUGGACAUGGAUUCUGGUCAUAUGGAGAGCGAGCGGGGGGAGCUGGACGGUAGUAUCCCGGCGGCGUGCUCCUCUAACGGCAGUGGCGGGGAGGACGACGAGGCGGAGGCCGUUGGACGUUCGAGAGAAGCCGGGGGCUGUAGUAGUCACCACACGCCGGACGGAGGCGUGUUUUGCGGCGGCAGGGAGCAAGAGGUGUCGGUGGAAAUUGGAGAGACGUAUUUGUGUCAAAGAGCCGACAAGACAUGGCAUACAGCGGAGGUUAUUCAGUCCCGACUGAACGAACAGGAGGGCAGAGAGGAGUUCUACGUGCACUACGUCGGAUUCAACCGACGGCUAGAUGAGUGGGUGGGAAAGGCCCGCCUGGCGCUUACCAAGACAGUGAAGGAUGCGGUGAGGAAGAGCACGGAGAUCGGGGGCGUCGGUGAUCUGGGCGAGCAGCCCGAAAGGAAGAUCACUCGAAACCAGAAGCGCAAACACGACGAGAUCAACCAUGUGCAGAAGACGUACGCGGAGAUGGACCCAACGACAGCGGCGUUGGAGAAGGAGCACGAGGCGAUCACCAAAGUUAAAUAUGUGGAUAAGAUCCAGAUCGGAAACUUUGAGAUCGACGCCUGGUACUUCUCGCCGUUCCCCGAGGACUACGGCAAACAGCCCAAGCUGUGGAUCUGCGAGUACUGCCUCAAAUACAUGAAGUACGAGAAGACCUUCAGACAUCACCUGUCGCACUGUCAGUGGAAGCAGCCUCCAGGCAAAGAAAUCUACAGAAGGAGCAACAUAUCGGUGUAUGAAGUGGACGGGCGGGACCACAAGAUCUACUGUCAGAAUCUUUGUCUACUAGCAAAACUAUUUCUGGACCACAAGACGCUUUAUUUUGACGUGGAGCCCUUCAUCUUCUACAUCCUCACUGAAGUCAACAAACAGGGAGCGCACAUCGUCGGCUACUUCUCCAAAGAAAAAGAGUCUCCUGAUGGGAACAAUGUGGCGUGUAUUCUCACGCUGCCGCCUUACCAACGCCGAGGCUACGGGAAGUUCCUCAUAGCUUUUAGUUACGAGCUGUCUAAGCUGGAGAGUGCAGUGGGUUCUCCGGAGAAGCCUCUGUCUGAUCUGGGGAAGCUGAGCUACAGAAGUUACUGGUCCUGGGUCCUGCUGGAGAUCCUGAGGGACUUCAGAGGAACGCUGUCCAUCAAAGACCUCAGUCAGAUGACCAGCAUCACGCAGAGCGACAUCAUCAGCACGCUGCAGUCGCUCAACAUGGUGAAGUACUGGAAAGGCCAGCACGUUAUCUGUGUGACGCCCAAACUGGUGGAGGAGCAUCUGAAGAGCGCCCAGUACAAGAAACCGCCGAUCACAGUGGACACUAUGUGUUUGAAGUGGGCGCCUCCUAAAAACAAACAGGCCAAGUUGUCCAAGAAGUGAGAGCGGGGAGGGGGCGGAGCCUGUGACGCUGCGUCCGUCCGUCACCGUCAGUCGACCCGUGCAUAUUGUUCUCCUUCAUCUGCUGUUGUUAAAAACUCUCUGUAUAUAGCUGUUAGCAGCAUCUGUCAGUAUUUUCUUAAAAUAUAUUUUAAAAAAUC